AUGCAUAGACUGAUAGGGGCCGCUUUAAUAUUAGACAAAAUGAAAGUGGUUCUAGUUGAGACCUAUAGAUCCACAUCCACCUUAUUAGUACUGGAGCAUUUUGUAUCGCUGGCUAUUGUUUCUAUGGGCAUAUGCAGUCGAUUGUUCAAAUUAUGUCAUCUUUGGGUGAAUCAAAUUGAAGAAUGUUAUUACAUGCUGUAUGAAUGGUCCGCCUGUUUCCCUAGUGGGUUUAAGAAUAAGGAAUGGAAGGCAUUCACAGCAGUACAUAACCUCGUUUGUACAAAAGAUAUGUUGAAGGAAGCGAGGAUGAGUUUUGCGCAGGAUAUGCUGAAAUCCAAAUCCUCGAUACAACAUAAAGUUCAUUUGGAAACCUAUAUAGCGAAUCAAGCAGUUAUGGAUAAAGUGAGGAUGUUGCAAAAAGAGUUGAAUCUGAAGCAAAACAGUGAAAUUGUCGAACGCUUUUGA